UUCCUGCGCGCGGGGCGUGGAUGGAUGUUGGCUCGCGCGUGCGCAUAUUUGGCUUGUUCUUCUUGGACGACGCCACUCUGUUGUUCAGGAUCAGCUUCAUCACAAGUCCGGAGGAUUGUUCUUUUUUUCUAAGAAGUUUGAGAGCCAGAAUCAUUCCAGGAUGCCGAGCCACCGGCACAGCAACCAUCUGUACCCGCCAAGUGGAAGUAAACACAAACAUAGGCACAGUGAGCCAAUGUCAAACCCAACCUUCUCCUACUAUAAAGCAGACAAGAACAUUCAAUUCUAUCGCUGGACUUCCCCCCCAGGUGUGAUGAAGAUACUGUGCAUCAUCAUCGUCAUCAUGUGUGUGGCCAUCUUUGCGUGUGUGGCCUCAACUCUGGCAUGGGACUAUGACAUGAGUGUCAUGGGAGGUGGAACUGCCCUGAUGCCGGGUUUAACCGGUGGAUACGGCAGCAGCUACGGCAGCAGUUACAGUGGCACAUACAGCGGCACUUAUGGUGCUGGUCUUGGCGGCAGUUCCGGCAGCUAUGGCUAUGGAGGAACACAAAUUGACCCCAAAUCUGGCAAAGGCUUUAUCAUUGCCAUUGCUGCCAUUACUUUCAUAGCCACGCUGAUCAUAUUUAUCUUGGUGAUUUCAAGGCAAAAUGCAGCCCGUUCUUCAAAGUUCUACCUAGCACCCAUUAUUGUCUGUGCCAUUUUAGCAUUUUUGAUGCUUAUUUCCACCAUUGUCUACCUGGUGUCAGUGAACCCAACCGCACAAUCCUCAGGAUCUAUGUUAUACAACCAGAUGAUCCAGUUAUGUGCACAAUACCAGACACAGACUCAGGCCCAAGGUAUCUUCAUCAACCAGUACCUUUACCAUUACUGUGUGGUGGAGCCCCAAGAGGCCAUAGCAAUUGUCUUGGGCUUUCUGGUCGUUGUUGGCCUCAUCAUCUUACUGGUGUUUGCUGUCAAGACUCGCUCACUGAUCCAGCGCUGGGGCCAAGACCGAAUUCUCUGGGAGGAAGUGAAGAUUAUUAACUCUCCUCCCCACAACAGUGUUGGAGAGUGGGUGAAGAAUGUGUCAGGUGAACCAGAGAUGUUGGUCCGAGACCCUAAUGACAGAGUUGGGGGUUCAAGAGAGUACCUGGACAAGCUGGAGUACAACAAGCCUCUCUACCUACCAGGAGACUCCGACAUAAGCAGUUUUGCAGGAGGCUAUAAAUCCAGGCUGAAGGAAUAUGAUGCUGGGUUUGAGUCCGGAGAUGACUUGGAAGAAGAAGAUUUCAGUGUUUUAUUUCCACCCAUUAUGGAUGAGCAAGAGCGUCUAAGCUACAAAAGAGAAUUUGACCGAGACCAUCUUGAAUACAAGAGCCUACAGGCUGGGAUGGAUGACUUAAACCAGAACCUAGCUGACCUGGAAGGAGACUUGGACAGGCUCCCUGAGGGGAGCUCACAGUAUCUGGAUGCCUUGAAUGAAUACACUCAAGUCAAAAGCUUCAAGAAGUCCCCAGAUUACCAGAUGAAGAAGAGGAGAUGUAAAUAUCUGAAAUCCAAACUGUCACACAUCAAGACCAAAAUCAGUGAAUACGACCGCCGCCCUUGAACAUUCUCCUGUGACUUGGUUCAGUUGAAUCUCUGUAUGAAGGAUGUCUUAACCAAGGCUCUCACUAUAUUCUCACCACAAGAGAUGACUAAAAGAGUAUAGUUUUCCAUUAAGAAUACUUUCCAAAUUCAAUUGCUGUGUAUAAAAUCUGUUGUAUCUAGCUAUUAAUCUGCAUCCAUACAUUGGCUUAUUUUAUUCACUUUAAUGCCAUCUUUCUUUCUACAUAACAUGCUAAAGCUAGCUUUUGUAUACAUUAAAGUUUUAAUGCAUGAACCUGUGUUAUCCAUAUCAUAUGAUUGUUUUGGAAUUUGAGAUGUAAUCUUUUCAAGUGUUUUAUAGUAUUUUCUUUGGAUACAUGUCAAUAAUAGAGCAGCAGCUUGCUGGAAAAUUAAGUUAUACUUUGAUUAUUGAUGCAUCUCUGGCCUAUCAGGUGGGUUUUAUCAAGUGUACUAAAUUGAAUUACAUUCUAACAACUAUCAUAUAAUUUUGAUUUUGUUGUUGCUGGGGCGUUCUUUAAUUGACAUAUGUGUAGGAUUUUCAUCUCUGCAACGUAAACGGCAUUGUGCACAAUAAAAUGUUCUAUUAAUUUGUA